AUGACCUCUCCUUACUCUACUACCUCGUCACCCGGUUACCAUUCGCCCAACAUGCAAAAGUACAACACGCAUAACCAACAGCUCAAUAAAUAUACCCUUCAACCGCCACGAUGGAUCCCGCCACUUUGUAAGACAAUGCCAUCGCUUGGGUAUCCUGGCAUGUAUCCCCAACGCCCGAAUCAAAUCGAGGACGUUACGACAGAGUCCAAUGUACGCACUGGAUUUAUUGAUCGUCCUGCAGUAUCGAAUGAACACACCUGUGCAUAUGACAUGGUAUAUAGUAAACUUCAGGAUGAUCAACGUGUACUUGAAGAUCUAGGCUCCUUUGCUGUGGACGUCCUCAAGAGAAAACGCAACGCUGCCAAAAUCACUGGAACUUCAACAUUCAAGCCGCCUAUGCGCUCAACACUCAUCGAGAGCAAGAAAGAGCAGUGGAUGCACGAGUUAGCAAGUGGUACGCAACCAUUGCGUAAGCUGGCAAAAAAUGUACCACAUGGAUUCAAGGGUGAAAAGCUGUUGGAAACCUUGGCCAUGAGACAAGUGCCAUUGCUUAGAGCUGCAUGGUAUAUCAAAGUAGUCGGGCUUUCGGAAAUGAGCCAACGCAAUGCUAACAACAAUGCAACAUCAGUGUCACAAGCUUAUCAAUGGACGACCGUCGUCGUUAGUCAUCUUAGAAGACAGCUUAGCGAACUUUCAUCUGCGCAAUCAUCCAAUUCCACAAACGCUGGUUCCGGUCGAGGAUACAAAGGACAUCCAAGCACACCAGGCAAUUAUCACGACAAUGCAUCAAAGCCAUGGGCAACACCCGAAAAUCGGGAGCGAUUUGAACAGCGAUGGUCAUACAGCACAAAGUUGACAAAGUGGCAGUACUGUGAAGGGCUGUUAGAUCAACGAACAUUCUUGAAAUGGACCUUGGAUUCGUUGGCACAAUGCAAUUCCUUUGAAGCCAUGUGGUUGCUUUUGACAUUUGUUGUACAAGACUAUGUCGACGAAUAUCGACGGAACCGGACAUUGAUGAAGCUGCUUAUUGAAACACUUAUCAAGGCAUAUGGCGCUGUAAGGCAACUGCCCAAUGAGGGGCUUUUAGAUAUCUAUCGGGACAUUCAAAGAUACAUCGAACGUCUCCUGCAGUCCUUGUUCCUUUCAACGCCCGACAUUUUCGUGAUCCCCAAAUUAUACCACCAGUACCGCCAUCUGUUCGAUGCAAUAUUCGGAGAUGAGAGUCGGAAAGAUGCCGCUGUCGCAUUACCGGACGUUUGUCAUGUGAUGCAAAAGUAUUGGGCUAUGGUCAAGGCACGGAACGAAGUAUUCUGCGGGACGCUAGAGGAGAACCAAUUACGGCUGGAUGGAAACUGUAAACAUAUUGUACAGUCAGAAAGUCGGGCGGAAUUCGAAGAAACAAGACGCACCCAAGUCAAUGAGGAUCAUAUCAUUCGAACUCUGGACUGUAUUGGACGAAAUGUCGACAGUGGGACAGGCUUGAUGAUAGACGAGAAUGGCUGGAUGGAUCUUCAAGGACAAACGGCAGCAUCUGCAGCAAACUCCAUAUUUGGUGGUGUACUAAGCAAGGAUACAUCUACUGUCCAGCAACGAGUGAACAUAAUGUGUCGUUGGGCAAACGAUCCAAAGCCGGCUGUUGUUUUAUUAUUUGAUACGCUGAUCCGGUUACAUUUAUUCUCAUACCAAAAAUAUUUAUUACGGCUUAUUGCGCGUGGUGACCUUGAGCCUCGAAGGCGACAUGAACCUGGAACUGUUCGAUGCCUUAACUAUCUUGCCUCGUUUCCGCUUUUGACGCCAGCACCUCCCUAUCUCAUCAACCAACGACGAGUGGCAAUUUAUGGCACGCGCAACGGGCAGAUCAACGGAGUAGAGGAUGAAGUGCUUGCACAAUUAAAACGACUUGCCAAGCGAGCAGUAGCAGUGUCCGGAUCAGAGGAUGACGAUGAUUUGAGCACCCUGUUUGGUCAAAAAGCGACGAGCCUCACGCAGCCUGAUUCAGACGAUUCACUCGAGGCCAUGGACUUAUCGCUCACGAGUUGCUAUGAUCAAGACAUGGCUCGAGUCAUGCGAGGAGCAACACGAUAUACGAUAUUAAAUUUUACAUCCGAAUGGCUUGUUCCUGAGCUGAAGCGCUUUGUUGUCAAGAGCGUCCCUAUUGGCGAAGAUAAUUGGCGCGUGAUGACUUCGCCUGGCUCGUGUUUACUGAACGUCCGGCAAUAUGUCGCCAUCAUUAAGAUGCUUGAAUGUGCUAAGGACUAUCUCGGUAUCAUCGAGGUCGCUCUGUGGGUUCUCGAAAAGACGAACGAGCGAUCCGUAUACUCAUUUACAAUUGACACGCUCCGUCGACACGCUAGUAUAUGGAAGCUGGUAAAUAACGGCAAACGCGUUGCGGAAGCUGUUUGGGCCAAGCACCAAAGCCUGCAAAGUCGAGGAAUUCGGGAACGAUGUCUUAUGAUGUAUAUGAUCCAGCUUGUUCAAGAGGGCUAUCGAAUAACUGACGAUAUGCGGACACAGCUACAGCGAGACCUGCAUUAUAAGCCGAAAGCACGACAAUAUUCAAGUCGCAACGAUGUACCAUUAGCAACCGAGCUCAGCCAAUUCAUCCAAAAUCCUACGGCAUCCACUGUACAUAGCACCAUUGACUCGGCAUGUUCGCGAUAUCAGAACACGAGUGACUGGACAAUUUCCAUGUUUAGCACCGUAUUCGAAACACUACAGCAAUACGGACGACAACAACAGAUCAACACAAUAGCAGCGUCUUCAACGGGUUCUCAGGAACACAAAGAAGAGUUGUACGAGUUCCGCAAACGGAUCUGCUUUAUGGUAGAUUUUGUAAAAGGCGUUGCAGAUCAGUCAACUCUGACUGGUCAAUUGGACGAUGCUGUGAUACAAUGGCUGUCCCAGCAAUGCAGCCCUAUCAGUGCAACCUUACUAGACGAUCUGCAUGAGUUGCACACGUGGCUGCCGCUAUUCCUUGCAUUGCUUGUCACACGUCGGUUGAUCAGCAUCGACAUGGUAUUGAAGCAUUUUGUACUGCCUUGGCUCGAAGUGAUCAGUCGCGAAGCCCAGCAGCGGUGUGAAUCGCAAUGGACAGAAACGACGGCGGAAACACAACCUUUACGACAGCUUUGUAAAAAUCUGAUCGACCUCGUUCGAAUGCUUGUGGUACAGGAUCGUCCGGAACCGCACGGUCCGUGGGCCUUGAGGGCUGACGAAAUUUUCCAACUGCAAGUCCGGCGACAGCCGCAGCUCGCCACCAACCUCGACAAAUUGGACUACAUGUUUGGCCUUGUGCGAAAUUCAAUCGCGAUCGUGUCCAACCUUCCGUAUAGCAGCCUGUUAAUACAGGAUCUACUGAAACUACGAACCGAUCUGUUACAGCUCGACUGGUUCCGGCGCGCAUGCACGCGCGAUGUCAAUAGUAUAUACCACCAUUUCGCAACACAACACAGUCCGUCUGGAGGCGAGGGAGAAAUACGCAAAAAGAUGCUGAGCAUUGUCGACGAAUUGAUUGGUGGAAACAUGAACAUUGAUCGAGAGUGCCAAGAUAGCAUGGUCCCGAAUGACUUGCUGGAACCCGGCUUUGGCCAGCGACUGCAAGCUGUUUUCGCCAAUUUGAGCCAGUGGAACGAGGAGCAAUGUCGCGUCCAGUUAAACCUACUCCUUGAUAACAUUAUGAUUAAUCAGCACUCUGCGCCAACAGCAGUAGCAGCAGCAGGAGCAGGAGCAGCAGCAACGUCCGAUGCUGGCAACGUCGAGCCUAAUAAGGAACUUGAUUUGUUUGUAAAGUUCUUCUUUGACGCGGUCCUUGCUUCUGCAAGCGACACGGACAGCCAGCAACAAAAUACCCAGCGUCGAUUUGACUUUUUGAUCAACCUGAUCCAUGGUCUGCGAGAACCUAUCAUAUUGGCACUUUUAAAUCACGGGGUGCGCAUGUUGGAAGGAAACAGUUCGGAAGAGGCACCAGCGACCGUGUUCCCAUAUACCAUCCUGCUCACCACGAGCGACAGCAACGGUGCGGUAUGCGAGCAACAGACAUCGUCUGCACACUAUGGACAGCGAUGCCAGGCAUUCUACCUUGUCAUGCAACAUCUGCUGGCCAAGGAUGUGUGGAGCAACACGAAGAAGAUAGAGCUGGUGCAGACGCUGUUCCGACAAGUCGAGCAGUUUAGAGCUGCGAUGAACGUGUACAAGAUUAUGGAAAGCGUGCAUCACGUUUCUUUUGCUGACGCGUCGCGUGCUCUCCAGCAAGCCAAGAAUGUGGAGGUUGCUGUCACGUUGCUAAAGACAGAAGGGUUACCCGAGAGCGAAGCAGCGUCCUCCAGCAAUACACCCGGUGUAAUGCUUCAAGAUAUCCGAAUAAGUUUGCUCUUGCGGCUACGGCUGAUGGUUCCCUUCGUUUCGCUGAUAUGGGAGCACCCGAAGGAGGACGAAUGCGACAUACUGGAAUGGAUAAAGAUUCUAGUCCCGUUGCUGGGAAACCCCAUCGUCCAUGGCAACGGUAGUCAAGAGCGCAUGUUUGAGUUUGUGCUCGACCUAGUGUCCCUGCUUAUUGAUGGUAAGCGAGUGCCAAGGGAAUUACGGAAAACCAAUCUCUCACAUCUCUCGGCGAUGCACAACGAGCUGAGCGGUGUCCCCUCGAUGCUCCAUUGUCGUGUAAAGCGCAUUCUGCCAUUUCUCACACACAACAUCUACCUCUCCAACACUCGACUUGCCUCGUCCCUUUUGGGCGUUGCAAACGCCACGGACCCGCAGCAGCAGCAACAGCAUCUGGAAGCAUCUAUGGACCAGUCCAAGCCGUGGGAGUGGCUUGAGGAUUAUGCGAGCGAGCAGCCGCAUGACAAUGACACUCCUAUCAGCUUCAGUCUUUUCCAUGGACGCAAGGCGAAGAAGACGGAGAACACGUAUGUGCGAUGGUACCAUUUUGGGUUUGGCGACAACCUUCCGUCGAUUGCCGAUGAGGAUGACGACUCGGUAGCUGUUCAUGUGGGCAUGGUCGGUCACCGUCCAUCAAAACGACGGCGGAAUCCGCGCAGUGACGAGCCAGGGCAGCAGCAGCAGCAGCAACAAUCUGCCGAGAACGGAAUGCUAUACAUAGUAGAUGAUGAUCAACAACAGAAACCACUACAACCUCCACCACAACCAUCAUUAUCAUUACAAAGACCGCAAUCACAACCAGUGUUACAACCAUCAUCAUCAUCACAACAACAGCAGCAACCAAUAUCAGCAGAACGGAGGCAAGAUAUGGAGGACGGCGAAUUGCCUUGA